AUGAACGCUGCCAAGCCACAAAUGGGCAACACCUCGUCCCAAGUCGCACGGCAGUCGGACGGCGAAAGCACGCACGAUGAUGGCACCGAUAUCACGACUGAAGCGCCGAGAGGCUUACUGUCAAGUUCCUAUCCUCCACAACUCCUUCACAACACCGACAGCCACACCGUAUACGAAGAUGACCGUGCUGCCUCGUCGCAGCUAAUCGCCGAAAGCCAGCACGACCCGCCUGUAAUCACACCAAAGACGAAGCGCAGGAAAUCCAGCAUCGCGAGUGUGCAGAAGAGCAGCGGAAGUAGGAAGAAGGAGAAACUAUCCAAAACGCGUGACAGCCUGGACAGGGUUGAAAAGGGAUCUAAGAAGAAGUCAAAGAAGCGCGAUUCUGGCGUGAAGCGCGUUACAACGCGUAAAUCCCCACCUGAAGCUGCCGAGGAAGGGCGCAACCCUACAGAAGCCUUGAAGCUCCACAGUCAAGGAGCGCUGGCCGCGCAGACUCCGAGUGCAACGCCGCAGAGCUUCUCACAUGUCGCGGCUUCACCGGCCCAGUAUGCUACGCAGACCGCUGCCGAUAACACCCUCUCUAGAUCAGCCACUCGUCGUGCAAGUUCAGCCUCCAAGAGCCAGCUUGAGCACGUAGAACCUUCCCUUGCGAGUCUACAGACGCCGAAGACUGCUUCGGAAGAGAAGAAAACGAAGAGGCGCAAGAGAGACUAUGCAGGGGAACACACCAUCACUCCUACGAAGGAGCAACGCAGAGCUACGGAUGAGGGGGGUUCUGUUCAUGAAGCUGCGCAAGAGAUAGAGGAAACACCUUUCCCAAGCACAGUCGGUCUUCCAGCCACUCCGAAGCCGCAAACAUCUAGUCGCAAACGCAAGACGCCCACUCAACACGUCACUCAGCCAGAAACUGUUGAGAGGCCACCCGGGAAACUCCCAAAGAAACGGAAACGCGAUUCGACUGCAUCUGUGAUCAUUGCCGAGGUAAAAUCGGACCCUGUGGAGGAAACAUCCCAGCCUACCACGAAGAGGCGGAAACGGCGCUCCGGUGAUGAUACGUCUCACGACAACAGCAAAGUCAGGGAAAGGCGAAAGUCCGCUCGAAGAGCCGAGACUGUUCAACCAGUGGAAGAUAACAGUACCCUAUCAACAGAGGACCGAGGAGCAGCAUCGCCAGAGGUCGAGGACGAGUCCAUAGAGCAAGAGUCUGCGUCAAAAGAACGCGCCAGGGUGCCACCGCCCGCAGGUAUGCCUACCAGCGGAGCCUUCGAAAAGCCCGAAGUGACCCGCAUCGCUCAAGCAGUCGAGGCCUACUGCUUCAACCACAGCCUUUCCCAGAACGAGUUCAACGACAUGAUUCAAAGCGGCAACGUCAAGGACUUUGCAGAGAUGUGGGCCGACAUUUGUGCAGCCGUGCCCUACCGCACCCGUCAGAGCGUUCACCGCUUCUGCAAACGCCGCUACCACAACGCCAAGCGUGGGAAAUGGGAGUCGGACGAGGACGAUGCGCUAAGGAAGGCGUAUGAGCUGAAGCCAGACCGGUGGAAGGAGAUUGGCGCAAUGGUAGGCAGACUGCCCGACGACUGUCGCGAUCGAUGGAGGGACUACGUCAUGGUUUCUGGUGUCAAGAACAGAGACUAUUGGACGGAGGAAGAGAAGAACACGCUUAUCAGAACAGUGGAGGACUGUCUGCUAGCAAUGGAGAGGGCGAGAGAGGAGCAGGCACAGGACAAUCAGCAGACGGCUGUAACGCCAAAGAAGGGUAAAACGGAUGACCCGGAAGCGAACCUCAACUGGAUGGUCGUUAGUCAGAAGAUGGGUGGGACACGAAGCCGCAUCCAGUGCAUGGCGAAGUGGCAACAGCUCAUCAAGCGGCGAGACAAUCCUCCUGUCAACUCUAUACACAAGACUCCUGAAGUCGAUGCGGGACAGGGGUCGUGGCGGGUGAAGUGUGGGUUGAGCAACUACAACAAGAUGCUGCCGGGCGACAAGCUCGCAAUCCUACAGGAGAUCGCAAGAUCGGAGGCUGCCAGUGAGGACAAUGUGCCUUGGCAUCUCAUUCGUCUCCAGAAUCCGGACAGUAGGUGGACAAUCAUGGACAAGAAGGUUGCGUGGAUGGAGAUGAGGAAGUUGGUUAAGCCGCGCGAAGAUCUGAAGGAGCUGUUGGAGGCUAUUGAGAAGCGUCUACGAAAGAUCUAUCCGGAACAGCUGGAUCAAUUCUAUCGUGGCGAUACCCAUAAGGGCAGAUACAAGACGAAGCAACGGCGCAAAAGCAAAGAGGUUGUUAGCGAUGACGAGUCAGCUGAGGAGGAGAACGGUGAGCCAGAUGAUAGUAUUGAAGGAUAG